GCCGCCGGCGCCGCGGGGCCCCAUGGAGGAGCAGCCGCAGCCGCCGGUCCGCCCGCCACCGAGAAUGGCCUUGUGGGGCAGCCCGCACCCCGGAGCCCCCUCCGCGGCCGCCGGCCCUGGCGGGACUUCCUCCGCCGGGACGGCGGCGGCCGUGCUCUCCUUCGGCACCGUGGCGAGCGCGGCUACCGCGGCGCUGGGGAACCAGAGCGACGGGAGCGGGGGCGACGGCACUGGCGCCUCGGCUGGCGGCGGCCUGGGCGGGCCCCGGGCGGCGGGGGCGGCGGGGAGGCCGCUGCUGUCGCACGGGGCGGCGGUGGCGGCCCAGGCGCUCGUGCUGCUGCUCAUCUUCCUGCUGUCUAGCUUGGGCAACUGCGCGGUGAUGGGGGUGAUCGUGAAGCACCGGCAGCUCCGCACCGUCACCAAUGCCUUCAUCCUGUCCCUGUCCCUGUCGGAUCUGCUCACGGCGCUGCUCUGCCUGCCCGCUGCCUUCCUGGACCUCUUCACGCCGCCGGGGGGCUCGGCCCCCGCCGCCCCCGCCGCCGCCGCCGCCGCCGCCGCGGGGCCCUGGCGCGGCUUCUGCGCCGCCAGCCGCUUCUUCAGCUCGUGCUUCGGCAUCGUGUCCACGCUCAGCGUGGCCCUCAUCUCGCUGGACCGCUACUGCGCCAUCGUGCGGCCGCCGCGGGAGAAGAUCGGCCGCCGCCGCGCGCUGCAGCUGCUGGCGGGCGCCUGGCUGGCGGCGCUGGGCUUCUCCCUGCCCUGGGAGCUGCUCCGCGCGCCCCGGGAGCCCCCCGCGGCGCAGAGCUUCCACGGCUGCCUGUACCGUACGUCCCCGGACCCCGCGCAGCUGGGCGCGGCCUACAGCGUGGGGCUGGUGGUGGCCUGCUACCUGCUGCCCUUCCUGCUCAUGUGCUUCUGCCACUACCACAUCUGCAAGACCGUGCGCCUGUCGGACGUGCGCGUGCGGCCCCUGACCACGUACGCGCGCGUGCUGCGCUUCUUCAGCGAGGUGCGCACGGCCACCACCGUGCUGAUCAUGAUCGUCUUCGUCAUCUGCUGCUGGGGCCCCUACUGCUUCCUGGUGCUGCUGGCCGCGGCCCGGCACGCCCAGGCCGCGCAGGCCCCCUCGCUCGUUGUCAACGUGGUGGCGGUCUGGCUGACCUGGGCCAACGGGGCCAUCAACCCCGUCAUCUAUGCCAUUCGCAACCCCAACAUUUCGAUGCUCCUGGGACGCAGCCGGGAAGAGGGCUACCGGACUAGGAAUGUGGACGCUUUCCUGCCUAGCCAGGGCCCGGGUCUGCAGGCCAGAAGCCGCAAUCGCCUUCGAAACCGCUACGCCCACCGGCUGGGAGCCUGCGGCCGGAUGUCCUCUUCCAACCAGGCCAGCAGGAUGGGAGGGGAUGUGGCCAUGUGGGCUCGAAAAAAUCCAGUUGUGCUUUUCUGCAGGGAGGGGCCCCCAGGGCCUGUGACAGCAGGGGUCAAACAACCUAAAUCCGAAGCUGGGGACACCAGCCUCUAAGAAGGGUUAGGA